CUCCCCCCUGCGGUGCUUGGAGGAGUGAAGUGCGUUGGAGAGAUCUGACACACCGAGGAGCCGCCGUCAAUGAGGGAGCAAACCGAGGACUGAGCCGGUUCGUGUCCGCAGAUCAACGCCCUCUGAACGGUGGCGAGGAGGGACGCGCACGGGGGAAAAAACACGAAAUAAAUCCCUGAUCUGUCGAGGAGGACAGCCCUUCAUCUCGCAGAGCAAAGAUGGGGAACCGGGGAAUGGAGGAUUUGAUUCCUCUGGUGAACCGCAUGCAGGAUGCUUUCUCCGCCAUCGGUCAAAACGCCAACCUGGACCUGCCGCAGAUCGCCGUGGUGGGCGGACAGAGCGCGGGGAAGAGCUCGGUGCUGGAGAACUUCGUCGGGAAGGACUUCCUUCCCCGUGGCUCUGGCAUCGUGACCCGUCGUCCUUUGGUCCUGCAGCUGAUGAACGCACCCACAGAAUAUGCUGAGUUCCUCCACUGUAAGGGCAAGAAGUUCACAGAUUUCGAUGAGGUGCGGCAGGAGAUCGAGGCCGAGACUGACCGGAUCACGGGGGCCAACAAGGGCAUCUCCCCCGUGCCCAUCAACCUGCGAGUCUACUCCCCUCACGUGCUGAACCUGACGCUGGUGGACCUGCCGGGGAUGACCAAGGUGCCGGUGGGCGACCAACCUGCAGACAUCGAGUCUCAGAUUAAAGAAAUGCUGAUGCAGUUCGUCACCAAAGAGAACUGCCUGAUGCUGGCCGUGUCCCCGGCCAACUCCGAUCUAGCCAACUCUGACGCUUUAAAGAUUGCCAAAGAGGUCGACCCUCAGGGGAUGAGGACCAUCGGUGUGAUCACCAAGCUGGACCUGAUGGACGAGGGGACGGACGCUAAAGACAUCCUGGAGAACAAGCUGCUUCCACUCAGGAGGGGUUACAUUGGCGUGGUGAACAGAAGCCAGAAGGACAUAGACGGAAGAAAGGACAUUAAUGCUGCCAUGGCCGCAGAGAGGAAGUUCUUCCUCUCCCACCCCGCGUACAGACACCUGGCUGACCGCAUGGGCACCCCCUAUCUCCAGAAAAUCCUCAAUCAGCAACUGACCAACCACAUCCGGGACACCCUUCCUGCUCUGCGGGCCAAGCUGCAGAGCCAGCUUCUCUCCAUAGAAAAGGAGGUGGACGAGUACAAGAACUUCAGACCGGACGACCCAUCCCGCAAAACCAAGGCUCUCCUCCAGAUGGUGCAGCAGUUCUCUGUGGACUUCGAGAAGUGCAUAGAGGGCUCCGGGGAUCAGAUUGACACGGCCGAGCUGUCGGGUGGCGCCAGGAUCAAUCGCAUCUUCCACGAACGCUUCCCCUUUGAGCUGGUCAAGAUGGAGUUCGAUGAGAAGGAGCUCCGCAAGGAAAUCAGCUACGCUAUCAAGAACAUUCACGGCAUCAGAACUGGCCUCUUCACCCCGGACAUGGCCUUUGAGACCAUUGUGAAAAGGCAGAUUGGGAAGAUAAAAGAGCCUUGCACCAAAUGUGUGGACAUGGUCAUUUCUGAGCUAGUCAAUACGGUUAGGCAGUGUACCAAGAAGCUGGCUCAGUAUCCCAUGCUGAGGGAGGAGAUGGAGAGAAUUGUCACCCAGCAUAUCAGAGACAGGGAAAACCGCACAAAGGGCCAGGUGCUGCUGCUGAUAGACAUCGAGUUGAGCUACAUGAACACCAACCAUGAGGACUUCAUUGGAUUUGCCAAUGCUCAGCAGAGGAUCAGCCAAAUGAGCAAGAAGAAGGCAGCUGGCAACCAGGAUGAAAUCAUGCCGGAGAGAGGAGUUAACGAUCGGUUCAAGGUGAUCAGGAAGGGCUGGCUGACCAUUAACAAUAUCGGCAUCAUGAAGGGAGGAGCUAAGGAGUACUGGUUUGUCCUCACCGCCGAGUCUCUGUCCUGGUACAAGGACGAUGAGGAGAAGGAGAAGAAGUACAUGCUGCAGGUUGAUAACCUGAAGUUGCGCGAUGUGGAGAAGGGCUUUAUGUCCAGCAAGCAUAUUUUUGCCCUCUUCAACACAGAGCAGAGAAACGUGUAUAAGGACUACCGUCAGCUGGAGCUGGCCUGCGAGAGCCAGGAAGAUAUCGACGCGUGGAAGGCCUCCUUCCUCAGAGCGGGAGUUUAUCCUGAACGCGUCACGGAGAAGGAAGGAAAGAGCGACGGCGGUGACGAAAAUGGCUCCGACAACUUCAUGCACAGCAUGGACCCUCAGCUGGAGCGGCAGGUGGAAACUAUUCGCAACCUGGUCGACUCCUACAUGGCCAUCGUCAACAAGACCGUCCGCGACUUGAUGCCAAAGACCAUCAUGCAUCUCAUGAUUAAUAACACUAAGGAGUUCAUCAACGCGGAUCUGCUGGCCCAGCUCUACUCCUGCGGCGACCAGAACAGUCUGAUGGAGGAGUCUCAGGAGCAGGCCCAGCACCGUGACGAGAUGCUGCGGAUGUACCACGCCCUGAGGGAGGCCCUCCUCAUCAUCGGCGACAUCAGCACCACCACCGUGACGACUGCCAUGCCGCCGCCUGUGGACGACUCCUGGCUGCAGGUGCAGAGGAGCGGCUCGGGAGGAAGGUCUCCAGCGACCAGUCCAACUCCAAACCGCAGGGCUCCACCAGGACCCCCCGCCCGCCCAGGCUCUCGUGGACCUCCCCCCGGGCCCCCUCCCGCUGGGGGACCCCCCGUCCCGUCUCGCCCCGGAGCUUCUCCCGACCCUUACAGUGGGCCGCCGCCCACCGUGCCCUCCCGGCCUAACCGCGCACCCCCAAGCGUGCCCAGAAUCACUAUCACUGACCAGUGAGGACUAACACUGCUGUCGGAGACCCCCACCUUCUCCAACCCACUAGACCUCUGAGCUCCUCCCACCCUCCUCCAUCCGUUCCUCCUCCGGGAUGAGAGGACACAGACAACAGCGCCACCUUCCUGUCGUUUUCUGCCUCACCCCGACCCCGCGACCGGCUCCCUUCUCCUGCUUCUCCCUUAAAACGAGCCACGUCUCUCUCUCUGCGUUCCGCUACUGCUCCCCUCCUCACCCUCCUCAGCCCUCUGUCACCGCGCAGAGAUGCAGAAUACUUGAAAACUCACUUGCAUGACUCAAAACACGUUGCACCCGUGGACAUUUACUAUGUCGAGACUAAAGAAACAAACUCCUGCUCACACAAUAUACAGUAUAUCUUAAAACCAAGGGGGGUGAACGCAUUUAGCAUGACACUAUGCCUGAGUAUUUCCAAUGGGUAUUCUUUUAUUUUCCUUUAAGGAAAUACUUCACCCUGGGGGGAAAAAAUGUUUCAUAUCUAUAUGUAAAAAAAGGAGCAUUUCAUGUUGCAAAGUAACCGUGGGACACUCUUUUAUCUUUUAAUUUCUCACUGCUGUAUUCUGGUUCUUAUCUGUAACCGUGGUCCCCUUAAAAUCUCAGGCGAGGACACACUUCCAGCACAUUUGUUGUUUUUAAUAAUACCAGUAGAAGAGAGAUGGAUCUUUAUGCUUUUGAGAUUUUCCCUUUUUUGAGGUUUUCCUCUUGCCAAAUGAGUUGCAUUUUUCUCUCCAUUCGACUCUUAGGAGUUGCCCCACCCUCCGUUCUCCCCCUUUUUCUUUUGAAAACCUGCACCUAUCGCUCACUCACAGGAGGGAGGAAUCGGCCUACAGACUCCCCCCCACCCCCACUCCCCUCCCCUUCCUCUUCCUCCCCAUACAGGAUGACAUGAGGAGCUUUCUGGAUUAUUAUUUUAUUUUACCUGCUCUGUUCUCCUCCCCCUGUGUUUUACCUUCACUUCGAGUGGACAACCGAACCGUAUUCUCCCAGAACCGCUGUUGUCUGUGCUUCCACAGAACCUAUGCAACAAAAUGGUUUCUCAGUCUUUUCAUUAAAAAAAAGGUGCCUCCCAUGGCUCUUUUCCCCUCUUUCCUCUUCUCCUCUUCUCCUCUCCAUACAAACAUUUAGUACUGCGUUAUUUAAUCGAGGCGGGAUCUUAAUAGAAAGUGCAAUAUAUAUAUAUACACACGUGUAUGGGGGAUAACUGCAUGGCACCAGUCACACAAGAAUCAGAGUGUAUUUCUAAAACACGAGAGGAGGGGGAAUUAGUGGCCAGGGUUGCACCGUGAGACUGUUAGACAACCCCUCACACAUCAUUUCUGAUGCUCUGUCACGGAUGGCGUUUAAUCCAGUUUGAUGACCGUGAUUUCUCUUUUUUUUUCUGCCCCUCUUCGCCCCUUCCCUCUUUUGUUCUUUUCUUCCUUCUCUCAGUGGUCACGGGGGUGAGUGAGAACACGAAAGCAGCCACAGUCUAUGCAUUAAUCUAGCUCCUUCUGUUUCACCCUCACGUCGCCUCGUCUCGAGGGCCCGCGAACUCGACCCCGUCGUUUCACCCACGUACUUUCCACCGCUCGACUCUUCUGUCACGUGUUGUGUUGUAUUUUUGACCCCGUGCAGUACUGUGCAGUACAGUACAGUACAGUACGGCCACUUAAAUCCUCUUGAAACACGUCACCGGCCCCUCGUGCGUCUUGACUGCAAAGCAUAUUAUUAUUUAACGGUAAAUAGUUUAUUAUGGACAUAUCUUAAUGUGUUAUUCUGUAUAUGUGUGGUGCAUCUUAUUGGACACUGUCUAGAGAGUUUAGUCUGCGAUGUAAGAAACUGCUGAAUAGUUAAAUUAUUAUGAACAUAUAAGGAAAUAAUGCUGGGAAAAUACUUAAAAAAAAAAAAAAAAAAAUACCGUGACGUAUGUGGACGUUGGCAGGUUGUUUGAUACGUUUUGCUUGUAGUGGAGAGGGUGUUUUUGUUUUUCUGGCCCCUCCCUGUGUGGACAGCGGCGAAGGGAAGGGGCAGCGUGAGUGUGUGUGCGUGUGCAGCAACCGAAGUCCUGCAAACUGUUGUGGAUGAGAGGCUGACUUUAACCUGCAGGACUGCUGUGCUCUGUCAACAAAUUAAAAACUUCAGUGUAACGAG